GCGGAGGAGGAGGAGGGCCGGGGCUGCGCUGGGUGACAUCAGUGGGUUUGGCUCCGGGGCUCAAUGGAAACUGGGUGAGCGCCGGGCUGUACCGAGCACACGCCGGCUGGAGGGGACGGCGAGCGGGCGGGAGGCGGCAGGCAGCGCCGCGCCGCGCCGAGCCGAGCGAAGGAGGGACGCGCCGGGCACGGCCGCCACCAGCCCUCCCCAAUCCUCCGUCAUCCUCCCCGCCGCGGCCGCCUGGCCCCCUGACAGCCGGCGGAGCAGCAUCCCCACACGGCCCCCUUCCCGUCAGGCACGACUAAACCAUGGAGCUUCGAGUAGGGAACAAAUACCGGCUGGGCAGAAAGAUUGGCAGUGGUUCGUUUGGAGACAUUUACCUAGGAGCCAAUAUUGCAACUGGUGAAGAGGUGGCCAUCAAACUGGAAUGUGUCAAAACCAAGCAUCCCCAGCUCCACAUUGAAAGCAAGUUCUACAAGAUGAUGCAGGGAGGAGUGGGUAUCCCCUCCAUUAAGUGGUGUGGAGCAGAGGGGGACUAUAAUGUGAUGGUGAUGGAGCUCUUGGGGCCCAGCCUGGAAGAUCUCUUCAACUUCUGUUCCCGCAAAUUUAGUCUCAAGACAGUUCUGCUCCUGGCAGACCAGAUGAUCAGCCGUAUUGAGUACAUUCAUUCCAAGAACUUCAUCCAUCGGGAUGUAAAGCCAGACAACUUCCUUAUGGGCCUCGGCAAAAAAGGCAACCUAGUAUACAUCAUUGAUUUUGGUUUGGCCAAGAAGUACCGAGAUGCCCGGACCCACCAGCACAUCCCUUACCGGGAAAACAAGAAUCUGACUGGCACAGCCCGUUAUGCCUCUAUCAACACCCACUUGGGAAUUGAACAAAGUCGCCGUGAUGACCUGGAGAGCCUGGGUUAUGUGCUCAUGUAUUUCAACCUGGGCUCACUGCCCUGGCAGGGCCUCAAGGCUGCCACCAAGCGCCAAAAGUAUGAGAGGAUCAGCGAGAAAAAGAUGUCAACGCCCAUCGAGGUGCUCUGCAAAGGGUACCCUUCUGAGUUCUCAACAUACCUCAACUUCUGCCGUUCGCUGAGGUUUGAUGAUAAACCUGACUACUCGUACCUGCGGCAACUCUUCCGCAACCUCUUCCACCGCCAAGGCUUCUCCUACGACUACGUCUUUGACUGGAACAUGCUUAAAUUUGGAGCAGCCCGGAACCCUGAGGAUAUGGAUCGGGAGCGGCGAGAGCAUGAACGAGAGGAGAGGAUGGGGCAACUCCGAGGGUCAGCCACACGAGCACUGCCCCCUGGCCCGCCUGCUGGAGCCACUGCCAACCGUCUUCGCAAUGUCACUGAGCCCAUGGCCUCCACCCCCACCUCCAGAAUCCAGCAGUCCGGCAACACGUCCCCCAGAGCAAUCUCAAGAGUGGACAGGGAGCGGAAGGUCAGCAUGAGGUUACACCGAGGAGCUCCUGCCAACGUCUCCUCAUCUGACCUCACAGGGCGGCAAGAAGUGUCACGGAUUUCAGCAUCACAGACAAGUGUGCCAUUCGAUCACCUUGGGAAGUGAGGAGCAAUUGCCACUGGACCAGUGUUUGCUUAGUGUCUUCACUGUAUUUUUCUUUUAAAAAACAAAAAACCCAAAAAACAAAUAAAAACUAAAAAAAAAAAAAAAAAAGACAAAAAAAGAAAACACCAAACAAAAAAACCCAACAGAAUUUCUUUUUGCCAACGAUGAGGAGUCGAGCUGUGCCCCCGCGCUGGUAUGAGCCGUUUCCGAGAGGGCCAUCUGCGUCCCCCAGCGCGAUGCCUCUGAGGAGCUGACAACGCGGGAGCUGUGCGGGAACACCUCCGCUGCCCCCCCAGCCCUGACCGCUGCCCCCACGGGCUACCCCCAGUUCCUUCUCCUGACUCUCUGCUCCUGGUUUUGAUUUCUCUAUUUUUUUUUUUCUUCUUGGAUAUCUUCCCCUGCUCUUUUUUUUUUUGUUGUUAAAUAUUAUUUUGAAAUCAUAUGGUUUCUAGCCAUAUAAAUUUUAACUUUGCUCUCCUUUUUAUCUGAGGGCAAGGGAUGGUGCGGGGUGGGGGGUGAGUUUUUUGUUUGGUUUUUUUUUUUUGGUUUUGUUCUUUUCAGGAGCCUUGUGGGCCAGGAGCGAAUCAGAUUCCAGCCACACUUGAUGGUAGAAGUCUGAUUUUUAUUAUUAUAACAGAAUUUAUUUUCUUGAGCAUUAAACGAAUUUUAAGCUGUGA